GCACAGACAUGCUGGUUGGCAAGGAUGGCUGUCAACAUACGUGUCUGUAUCUUUUCCUGUUAAUACGGUGUAAGGUUACAUGGAGGUGGAGUGUCUCUCUUUACUGCAAGCUGAUGAGAAAGGAAAGAGAGAGUCUGUGUAUCCAUGUGUGUGUACGUGCGAUGACGUAGCAGCUGCUGAAUCUGGUUUGGCAGGAUUUUGGAGGAAAGGGCGAGACAGCAGAGACAGUCACACAGAGAGAAACAAGCGGAAUACUUUACACUAGAUUUUCCUUUACUACGCUAAACUUCACAGUUGUUUAUUAAUCUUCACCUGCUGGAGUCAUCAUAUUCGGCUUUGGUGUUUGACCAAGGUUUCAGCACCAGUGUGCACUUGUGUCCAGGCCAGUACAGCAUCAGGGAUGAAUUGGUCAGGACUGGAGAGUCUUUUGAGUGGAGUAAAUAAAUACUCCACUGCGUUCGGGAGGAUUUGGUUGUCCAUGGUGUUUAUUUUCCGCGUGCUGGUGUUUGUCGUGGCAGCCCAGAGGGUCUGGGGUGAAGACACCAAAGACUUUGUUUGUAACACCCAACAGCCUGGCUGCACCAAUGUCUGCUAUGACCACAUCUUCCCCAUCUCCCACAUCCGACUGUGGGCGCUGCAGCUGAUCUUCGUUACUUGCCCAUCCCUCAUGGUGAUAGCUCAUGUUAAAUAUCGUGAAGGGAAGGACAAAAAAUAUGUGGAGCUACAUCAAGGCUCUCAUCUGUAUGCUGACCCUGGCAAGAAGAGAGGUGGGCUAUGGUGGACCUAUCUGCUUAGUUUGAUCUUCAAAGCUGGAUUAGACACAUCAUUUCUCUACAUUCUGCAUCGGAUAUACAAUGGAUAUGACCUGCCCAGGUUAUCCAAGUGUUCACUGGACCCAUGCCCCAACACUGUUGACUGCUUCAUUAGUCGUCCAACUGAGAAGAAAAUCUUCAUGUUGUUCAUGGUAGUAUCCAGCGCACUGUGCAUCUUCAUGUGCAUCUGUGAAAUGAUUUAUCUCAUCGGCAAGCGCGUUGCCAAAUUGUCAAGGAUCCAACAAGAGAACCUCCAGCGCUCUGAUCAGUUUGAGCUCACCAACGGUAUGGGUUGUAGGACAGAUCCAACAACGAAAGGCAGCCAGCUGAGUUUAAGCAGGAGGGAGAAGACCAAAGAAAAUAGCAUAAGUACACCACUGUAGGACCCAGAGUUUGUUUCUGAUCGGUAUCCACCCAACAGGAACACAAGUUACCUAAUAAUAAAACUGUCAGCUGAAAAUAAUAACAAGGCUGCUCCUGUGCAUUGUGAACUUGUGACCCAAUGGAACAUCCACUAUUCCUGAUCCUCCACUGGAAAGAUCACCAACAACAGGGGCAUGCAAAGAGCUUCUCAGGGGCAGGGGUUCAAAUUUUAGAAAAGAGGCAUUUAUCAGUGCAUGGCUAAUUUGAAUUUUUUUUCAGUAUUACAAUUAUUAAUAAUAAAUACAUGUACCAAUCAUUAUCUCCAUGGUAGAGAUGCACUGACUGGAAAUUGGCAGAUUUCAGAUUUUUUUUUCCAAGUCUGGCCUACUGAUUCCAAUUUUGGCAGAUUCCAGUUUUCUUUCUUUCUGAGAACUGUAAAUGACAGCAUACACAGACAAUUUUGUAACUUUUCUUGAAUGAAGCAAAGCAAAGCAAAUUUUAUUUAUAUACCAUCUUUCCAAACCCAAGUUACAACGUGCAUCGCCGUAAAAUAAAACCAAAGAAAACGAUGAGCAAGAGCAACAAACACAAAGAAUUUUAAAGCAAAUAAAGCAUAACAACAUCAUGUAAACAUCACAUUAAUAAAAUACAUGGGUAAUAGGGCUGAUCAAUAAAUUUUGAAAAAUUCAAUACAUUUUCAUCGUCAUUGCAAUAUGUACAUAUGCAAUAAACACAUCACAAAAGACUUCUUGAAAUGCCAUGAAUAAGAAAAAUAAUUUCAUUACACACGCCACAGUUUUUCCCAUACAUUGAGUUAUUUAUGGUGGGCUGCCACAAUAUCAACAUUGACUGCCACACAUUGAUUUAAAAUAUGUUAAAUUUUGUUUCAAUGUAGUGCUGUGAGUAGCACAUGUAUUUGCUCUGUUGCUCCGUGCACAUGAUGACAGACUGUCUGUAAACAGCUCCUCCUUUCCAUGGUUGUUUUUUAAUUCAAUGCUGUCAAUCGUGGAGCUCCAACUCUUCUAACGUAUUAUUAGAAGCUAGUAAGACUAGCUAAGCUAACGUUAGAAUGCAGCUGUUGCCGAGGUCAACACUCUAUAUAUAAAACACGUGAGAAAGCUGAUCAGUUCGAUCAGUGUGAUUAGUGAUCCAGUUGAUUCCUUUUGAAUAUUUACUGGCUUCAACCAGUGCUGCUGAAGCAGCAACAGAGAAGAGACACAUGUAGGAAGAGAGCAGCAGCCAUGACACUGCUGCUAAGGGAGAGCUAGUGCAGAAGGAAGAGGUCAGGUGAACAGCACAUCAGAGGGAACCUACUAUAGUAUUUACUAUAUUCAAUUAAAAAAAGAAAGCUACUACUUACUUUCCUUUUAAAUUGCUGUUUAAUUUACAUUUAUUUAAUUGAGUUGUUGUCCCGCAAAUAUUUUUAUUUCAAAAGAUGUUCAUGUGUAGAAGACAGUAUUCUAAAAGCAGCAGGGGGAAAAACUGGAAUUUCUUAUGUAUAUAAUGUCUUAUUUUAUAUUAUUAACAUUUUUGGAGC